AUGGCUUCGAAUCCUCCAUUUCAGGUGGAGGAUCAGUCGGAUGAUGAGGAUUUCUUUGAUAAGCUUGUUGAGGAUGAUGAUGAUAUGGAGCCUGUAAAGUCUAGUCAUAAGGGAGUGGAUGAUUUUGAUGAUGUGAAAGCUUUUGCGAAUCUGAGUAUAGGUGACGUUGAUGCUGCUGCUGCUGCUACAUUGGAGAAGUUUGAUGCUGGUGAAAGUGGGGUUGAAGUCAAAGAGGAUUUGAGUAGUUUGAAAUCUGAUGUGAGUUUGAUUGGUGGACAUGAUGAGCAAGAGGGGAAUUUGUUGAUUGCUUCUAGUUCAGUUGAGUGUGAUGGUAAGACGGAUCUUGUUACGGAUGUAAUUGGGAGAUCGGAGUUGACGGAGCUUUCUGAUGUUGGGAAGAGCAAUGAAGUUGCUAGUUCAGGGAUUAAGGAGAAGGGUUGGAAUUCCUUCCAUGCUGAUGCAAAUGAUGGUACCGGGUUUGGAUCGUAUUCUGACUUUUUCAGUGAGUUAGGAGAUCAAUCCGGGGAUUUUCCGGCGAUUUCACACGAUAAUUUAAAUAGUCAAGCGAAUGUUGUUAAUGAAGCUCAAAAUGUUGGCUUUAAUACUUCGGUGGAUUACUUGCAAUAUCAAGGGGUUCAGGGUUACGAUACGUCUUUUGAAUUUGCAAAUCACACGGACAAGCAAGGUGAUGGCUUAAAUUCUCCCGUCAAUUAUGUGCAGUAUCAAGAGGGUGGAGUUUAUGAUGCAUCUUCAAACCAACACAGUAAUGGACAGGAUCUAAGUAGUAGUCAGAAUUGGGAGGAUCCUUAUCCUGGCUGGAAGUAUGACCAUACCAGUGGGCAAUGGAUUCAAAUAGAUGGCUACGACACAACAGCUACCAGUCAGCAAACCUCUGAAGCCAAUACAGCUGUAGAUUGGUCUGCUGCUGCUGAUGGAAAAACAGAAAUCUCUUAUCUGCAGCAAACUGCCCAGUCUGUUGCCGGAGCUUUGGCAGAAACAGGCACAACUGAAAGUGUAUCUAGCUGGAAUCAGGCUUCACAAGGAAAUAAUGGGUACCCGGAGCAUAUGGUUUUUGAUCCCCAAUAUCCUGGUUGGUAUUAUGACACAGUUGCCCAAGAAUGGCGCUCAUUAGAAACUUACAAUUCAUCCAUUCAGUCUUCUGUUCACGGACUUGAAAAUGGGCAUACUUCUACCAGUAAUUCCUCCCUUAAUAAUAUUAAUAACAAUAUGUAUAGUGAGUACAACCAGGCUGGUCAUUAUGGAUCUCAGGGUACUGGUAGUCAGGCCGUAAAUGGUAGCUGGAAUAGUUCAUACGGUGUUAACCAACAACAGCAGGGUUUUGACAUGUACACGACUGAAGCUACCACUAAAAUUAGGGAUAAUAUAGCUACUGGUGGUAACCAGCAAGUUAAUCAUUCUUAUGGUUCAAGUAUGUCUGGAAUCAAUGAUCAUGUAAAUACUUCAAGCCCCUUUGGAUCAAUUGCAUCAUACAACAAAGUAAACCAUGAUCACGGUUUGACUAAUGGAACUUUUGAACCCAAAACUUUUGUCCCUCGUGGGGACUUUGCUCAACAGUCGAAUUAUUCAAACACAAAGUUCGAUGAACAAAAACAAUUCUCAAAUGUUUUUGCUGAAAUUCAGAACUCCCAUAGUUAUUCCCAGCAAUCAAUCCAAGGUGGACAGUAUGCCCCUCAUGCUGGAAGAUCAUCUGCUGGACGUCCUUCUCAUGCUCUGGUAACAUUUGGAUUUGGUGGAAAACUCAUCAUAAUGAAAGAUCCAAGUGUUUUGAGUGCAUCUUGUGUAAGCCAGGAUUCUGCACAAGGUUCUAUAUCUGUGUUGAACUUGAUGGAAGCUGUCACGGGAAGCAUCGGUUCCAUGACUAGUGGAAAUGCUACCGGUGAUUAUUUUCGUGCUCUAAGCCAGCAAUCUUUCCCCGGUCCAUUGGUUGGUGGUAGUGUUGGAAGUAAGGAGCUGUACAAAUGGUUAGAUGAGAGGAUUGCACGCUGCGAAUCACCUGAUAUGGAUUAUAAGAAAGGCGAAAGGUUGAGACUCCUCCUCUCCUUGCUUAAAAUAGCUUGUCAGCAUUAUGGAAAACUGCGUUCUCCUUUUGGUACAGACACCAUACUAAAAGAAAGUGAUGCUCCUGAGUUAGCAGUUGCAAAACUUUUUGCAUCUGCCAAGGUGAGUGGCACAGAGUUCACUCAGUAUGGGAUGCCAAGUCAUUGCUUGCAAAAUUUGCCAUCUGAAGAUCAGAUGAGGGUCAUUACUGCUGAGGUACAAAAUCUUCUUGUCUCUGGCAAAAAGAUGGAGGCCUUACAGCAUGCACAAGAAGGACAAUUGUGGGGACCUGCACUUGUUCUGGCUUCACAACUUGGUGAGCAGUUCUAUGUUGAUACAGUGAAGCAAAUGGCUCUUCGCCAGUUGGUUGCGGGAUCACCUCUACGCACAUUAUGCCUUCUAAUUGCUGGACACCCAGCUGAAGUGUUCUCUACCGAAACCUCAAGUAGUGGGUAUCCUGGUGGUUUUAAUAUGCCUCAGCAGUCUGAACAGGUUGGAUCUAACGGUAUGCUUGACGAUUGGGAAGAGAAUCUGGCUGUAAUAACUUCAAACAGAACCAAAGGUGAUGAGCUUGUAAUUAUUCACCUUGGUGAUUGCUUAUGGAAGGAAAAACGGGAGAUUACUGCUGCACACAUCUGCUAUUUAGUUGCUGAAGCAAACUUCGAGUCUUACUCAGACAGUGCAAGACUUUGCUUAAUAGGAGCAGAUCACUGGAAAUGUCCUCGAACUUAUGCUAGUCCAGAAGCUAUUCAGAGGACAGAGUUAUAUGAAUAUUCAAAGCUGCUUGGAAACUCUCAGUUUGUGUUGCAUUCAUUUCAACCAUAUAAGCUUAUAUAUGCAUAUAUGCUAGCGGAAGUGGGAAAGGUUUCAGACUCAUUGAAGUACUGCCAAGCAGUACUGAGAUCUUUGAAAACUAGCCGUGCUCCGGAAGUAGAAACAUGGAAACAGCUGGUAUUAUCUCUUGAAGAGAGAAUCAGGACCCACCAACAGGGAGGAUAUGCAGCAAAUUUAGCUCCUGCAAAAUUAGUUGGCAAAUUGCUCAACUUUUUUGAUAGCACUGCCCAUCGAGUUGUUGGUGGUUUACCACCGCCCGGUCCAUCAUCAUCACAAGGGGCUGUACAUGGAAGUGAACAGCAUUAUCAGCAAAUUGCACCAAGAGUAUCCACUAGCCAGUCAACAAUGGCCAUGUCAUCUUUAGUUCCAUCUGCUUCAAUGGAACCCAUGAGUGAGUGGACAGCUGACAAUAAUAGAAUGGCAAAGGCUAAUAGAAGUGUUUCAGAGUCAGAUAUUGGUAGAAUCCCUAGACAGGAAACAACAUCGCCUGAUGCACAAGGAAAAGUCCAGGCAUCAGGGGCUCCAUCACGCUUUUCUCGUUUUGGUUUUGGAUCACAACUUCUGCAAAAGACUGUGGGGCUAGUCAUGAGACCUCGGUCUGGAAACCAGGCUAAAUUGGGUGAGAAAAACAAGUUCUAUUAUGAUGAAAAGCUAAAGAGAUGGGUAGAGGAAGGUGCUGAAAUUCCAGCUGAAGAAGCUGCUCUGCCACCACCACCUCCGACAACUGCUGCUUUCCAGAACGGUUCAACUGAAUACAACUUGAAAUCUGCAUUGAAGACAGAAAGUUCAAUUCCGAAUGAGUACUCGAUCACAAGAACUUCAAGUCCUGAACCUAGUCCAGGGAUGCCGCCGAUACCCCCUAGCUCAAACCAAUUCUCUGCUCGCAGUCGCAUGGGUGUUCGGUCAAGAUAUGUUGACACCUUUAACCAAAAUGGCGGAAGCUCUGCAAACUUGUUUCAGUCCCCUUCCAUUCCAUCUGUGAAACCUGCUCUUCCCGCCAAUGCAAAGUUUUUCAUUCCAGCUCCUGUACAACCAUCAAAUGAAAGAAAUAUGGAGGCUAUUGCGGAAAGCAACCUAGAAGAUAGUGCAGCUAAUGAAGACCCUUCUACAUCUUCCACAAAUGAUUGGUCAUAUCAAUCUCCAAAACUUGCACAAACAAUGACCAUGCAAAGGUUUCCAAGUGCUGGUAACAUCUCAAAACAGGGCCUUAUAGAUGGCAAUAACUCUGAUUUUGCCCAUUCUCGUCGAACAGCUUCAUGGAGUGGAAGUCUUAAUGAUUCAUUUAGCCCUCCAAAAAUGGGUGAAAAUAAGUAUCCAGGGGAAGCUUACAGCCUGCCACCAUCCACAUUUAUGCCUGAUCCAUCUUUAAUGCGGCCGCUAAGAAGUAGCAGUUUUGGUGAAGAUCUUCAAGAGGUUGAACUAUGA